AUGUCUUUUUUGCAAUCUGGUAAUGUGGCCAUCCGUUGGUAUCAUCGCCUAUUCAUUAAAAUAAUAAAAUGUGGUCCAAUUCCAAGGCACCUAGCAGUCAUCAUGGAUGGAAAUCGUCGCUAUGCUAAAAUGAAUUCUCUAAAAACUGAAUUUGGUCACCGAAAAGGAUUUGAUAAUCUAUCCUCGUGGUGCCGUGAACUGGGAAUUGAGCAAGUCACAGUUUAUGCCUUCAGUUUAGAAAAUUUCAAACGUUCUCCCGACGAACUGAACUGUCUUUUUGAUCUUUUUCGCGAGAAAAUGUCCCAACUCGUCAAAGAAAUGUAUAACUUAAAUAACUAA